AUGGUAAAAGAAAAUAACUUAAUAAUUGAAAAUAAAAAACCUUUUGAAUUAGUUCAAGAGGUAAAUAAUGAAGUUCCCUCUUUUGAGGAAUUUAUGAAGAAUUAUGAGAAUGAUGGUAAUGUGAAUUAUGAUGACUUAAAUAGUGGUGAUGUUGGGGAAGUGAAGGGUAGUGUUACAACUUCAGCAGGAGCAAACGCAGGAAUAGGUGGAGCAAUAACGAGUGGAGGUGCUGGAUAUUCAGUGUUUGGGGUCAAAGAUAGCAGUGGUGAGGCUAGGUUUUUGAGUGCUUCGGUUGGGGGUGAACUUGGAGCAGGUCCAGGAGGUGUUGUGGCUGGAUAUUCGUUAGGUGCAGACUUAGCAAGUAUUCAAACAGGAGGUUUUUCAGCUAAUGUCGGGUAUGAUGGCGGUAGUGGUGUUUCAUUUGGUGUUGGCGGUGUUGAAGCCAAAGUAGCAGGUGUUGGUGUGAGUAUUGGCAAAAAAAUGGGAGUAAGCACUCCUUUUGGGGGAGUAUCGGUUGAUUUAGAGGAAACUUGUGUUGUGCA